AUGUUGGGAGAUAGAUUUUAUUCCUAUGACAACAUUUAUAUGGUUCAAAAGCGGAGGAUAUAUGACAUUACAAAUGUUCUUGAAGGAAUAGGAUUGAUAGAGAAAACUUCAAAGAACCAUAUACGUUGGAGGGGAUAUAAUGGGAUUGGCCCACGGGAGCUGGAUGAUCAAGUCGCUGCACUAAAGGCUGAAAAUAAAAGCUUACAUGUUAAAGAACGCAGUCUUGAUAAAUCUGUAAGGCAAAAACAAGAGCAUUUGAGGGGCUUGGAGGAAGAUGAAAAUUAUCAAAAGUACCUCUUUUUGACAGAGGAAGAUAUUGUAUCUCUUCCAUGCUUCCAGAAUCGAACGCUUGUUGCAAUAAAAGCUCCACAAGCUAGUUAUAUUGAAGUUCCAGAUCCCGACCAGGAUUUCGGUUUUCCCCAAAGGCAGUAUAAAAUGAUUAUUAGAAGCACCACUGGACCGAUUGAUUUGUACCUCUUGAGUAAAUACAACCGCCAAAAUGAGGAUAUGAAUGUAAGGUACGCUAAAUCAAUGGAUUUAUCAGCUAGGAAUAUUUGCCAUUGCAGAAUAGAAGAUGCAAGGCAGUCUUUCAAACACCAGGGUGAUCAUAUGAAUUCUCCUGAAACUUUCAGCUUACUGGAUUCAGAUGCGUGUGGGAUUCAGAAGAUUACUCCUUCAGAGUGUGGCGUACGUAUGUUUGGAGGCAUUUGUUUUUUAUUAGCCACAUAUAAAUCUUAAAAGUGAAUCUUUACGGAUGUCUAUUCUUCCUCUCUUGGAUCGUGCCGAAGGAAAACUAACCAACUCGUUUGCUGAUUGACCAUGAUUACUGGUUCCAAUCGGAUCCUGAAGUCAGCAUGACCGACUUGUGGGCAAAUGACUGGUCCCAAGUAGGCGACUUUCUUGAAGAUGGUUCUCAUAAGAGUAUUGCAGCAUUUGCUCAGCCACCAGCUAGCAUGACAUGCGGAUGUUGUCAUAAUGCACAUGGGAAGCAGAUAGUUGGACGUUGUUCCGUAUGGCAUGAAGGAUGUCAUUUAUACCUGUUCACUUUUUGACGCAUAGAUUUUGUAGCUAGUUUUUCUUUUUUUGUUCUGUUCUUUUUCCCUCCCAAAUUAAAUUAGUUAUAGCUAAUCACAACAUUUAGGAAAUGUGUGGAAAAGAUGCCUGUUAUCUGCCAAACUACCGAUGUAUGUAGGGUCAUUAGUGUAGGUUGAUAUAGGGUCCUGAUCAAGUAGGAUGAUGGCAUGCCACUGUUUAUUUUAGGGCAUGUUAUGCAGUGAAGGGUGCAAAAGAGCGUAGGAUAAUAUGCAGAUACAGAUCCUGAAUUCUUAGUAAAUGUUGAAGUUGGUCCAAGUAACUUUAUACCAAGACACCAUUUGUAAAGUU